UUCUAAGGGACAGCCAGGCAGAACUCCAGUUUGGUUUUGGGGUGGUCUCAGGCUUGGAUGUGUAAUUAGGGAGGCACUCAGCCUCCUAUAGAUGCAUCUAGAAUUUGGAAAAGGAUGGGGUCUCCCAGCUGGACUUGAUGGGGACAAGAUGGAUGGGUGUGGUUUGUGCAUGUGUGAGUCCUGAGUGUCUGCUCUGCAGGAUUGUAUGUGUGUCUGCUAGGCUCUGGGCUGUGAGUUCUCUCAUCUCCAGGGAGAUCCUGCAGGUCAGCUGGGAACCGGGUUGUUUUUACUUGUGGUUUGACCCUGGGAAGGGGGGAGGGUGCCUAGCCUGAAAAACUACCCACUGAGAAGCCCCCGGAAACACCUGUGCCUUCUCUUCCCCCUGGCCCAGUGGAGGACUGACGAGGGAGGGGGGACUCUCUUGCUUCUCUUGGGACUGCCUGGGAGAAGAGGCUGUUGCUGGCAUGAAUUUUAUCGAGCUAGCAGGUGGACAGCUAGCAGGUUGACAGCGCACGCUCCAGAAUCCAGGCUCUCUGCCUAGACCCCAGAGUACCCCUACACCACCAUGACUGGCCUGCUGAAGAGGAAGUUUGACCAGCUGGAUGAUGACUCUUCCUCGCUUUGCUCAUCUUCUUCCUCUGGCCACCACUCUCGCUGUUGCUCCCCAAGUUCUUCAGUCUCCCCAGCCUGGGACUUUGAUGAGGAGGGUGCCUGGGAUCAGACACCCCUGCCUUCCCGCAAGCUCUGUGGUCCCCAGACUUUCACCCCCCCAUCCAUCCUGAAACAGGCUCCCCGGAAGCGCCCAGGCCGAGUAGCCUUCGAUGGCAUCACCGUCUUCUACUUUCCUCGGUGCCAAGGCUUCACCAGCGUGCCCAGCCGUGGCGGCUGCACUCUGGGGAUGGCCUCUCGCCACAGUGCCUGCCGCCGCUUCUCCUUGGCUGAGUUUACACAGGAGCAAGCCCAGGCACGGUACGAGAAGCUCCGCCUACGCUUGAAGGAGGAGAAGCUAGAGAUGCUUCAGUGGAAGCUUGCAGACAGCAGGACACCAGAGACAGAAGCCGGACAGCCACUUACAGUGGAUGCCAUUGAUGAUGCUUCUGUGGAGGAAGACUUGGCUAUGGCUGUGGCCAGUGGCCGGUUGGAGGAGAUGAACUUCCUACAGCCCUAUCCAGCACGGCAGAGGCGGGCUCUGCUGCGGGCUGCGGGUGUGCGGAGGAUCGACCGAGAGGAGAAGCGGGAGUUGCAGGCUCUGCGCCAGUCCCGGGAGGAUUGUGGGUGUCGCUGUGAUAGAGUCUGUGACCCUGAGACCUGCAGCUGCAGCCUGGCAGGCAUCAAGUGCCAGAUGGAUCACACAGCAUUCCCCUGUGGUUGCUGCAAGGAGGGUUGUGAGAACCCCAAGGGCCGUGUAGAGUUUAAUCAGGUACGCGUUCAGACCCAUUUCCUCCACACACUCACCCGCCUGCGGCUGGAGCAGGGGGCAGAGAGCUGUGGGGAGCUGGAGGACCCUGUCCAGGAUGGGCCACCCAGCCCUGGGGCCCAGGUCGUGGCUCCUCCUUUCUCGCUGGCCAAGCCACCUGUGAGCAGUGAGCUGGGAGACAGCAGCAGUAGCAGCGACAUGACCGACUCUUCCACAGCAUCAGGCACUAGCGAGGCCCCGGACGAUCCUGCACACCCUACCCUGCCUGGCCCUGGCUUCCAGCCCAGCAUGGAUGACGACAGCCUGGCACGGAUCCUGAGUUUCAGUGACUCUGACCUGGGUGGGGAGGAGGAGGAGGAGGAGGAAAGGGGUGUGGGGAGCCUCGACAACCUCAGUUGCUUCUACCCAGCUGACAUCUUUGGUACUGGCGACCCUAAUGGCCUAGCUAGCUGGACUCACAGCUAUUCCAGCUCUAGCCUCACAUCAGGUAUCCUGGAUGAAAAUGCCAACCUGGAUGCCAGCUGCUUCCUAAAUGGUGGCUUUGAAGGGUUAGAGGGCAGCCUCCCUGGCAUCUCAGUGCCACCGAGCACGGACGGUGGCCAGAGCAGCUCAGUGGACCUCAGCCUAUCUUCCUGCGACUCCUUUGAGCUGUUCCAGGCCCUGCCAGACUAUAGUCUGGGGCCUCACUACACCUUCCAGAAGGUGUCUGACAGUCUGGACAGCCUUGAGGCACCCUACUGUCCCUUGCUUGCCUUCUCUCCACCUGGGGAUACCAGCACUUGCUUCCUGGAGUCCAUUGUGGGCCUGUCUGAGCCAGCCGCUGCUGAGGCCUUGGCUCCCUUUGUGGACAGCCAGUUGUUUGAGGACACUGCCCCAGCAUCUCUGAUAGAAGCUGUGCCUGUGUGAGGACUGGGGUGCCUUUUCCUGGCCCCAGGAGCCCUGUUGCUGCUUUGUUGUCAUUUAGGGGCUCCCUGAGGUCUGUAUGUAACAGUCUCCCGUUGGCUGACUCACCAGUGUGGGCACUGCGGGUUUUCAUGCAACACUUUGGAAUGAUUUUAUUUAUUUUUGUAACAUUCUGUGCUAAAGAGAGGGUAGGGAAGGGGUUUCCCCUUUCACAUACCUCUUGCUCCUACCCCCAUGCCCAGUCUUUUCUACUUCCAUGGCACCUGCCAGGGAUGGGGGAAGGUGGCUUUUCUGGAGCUUUGCAGACUUACUCAUUCAGUCUCGUGCGAUGCUCCUAGCCCGAGAUGGUGAGACGGGCUGAAAUCAGUCACAUUGUAUGGCUUUUCCCGCCACCCUGAGCCAUAGACCCAUGGGUGGCUGAAUCCUCUGGACUGUGAAGACUAAUUUAUUUCCAUAAUUUAUUUGGAGACUAAGCAGCUUAGGUUUCUCCCCUCUGGCUGGUGGGCAGUGCUGGGGUCAGGGUGGGUCAUGAACUUUGUGUCAAAUGGGCCUUCUAGUCCCACAGCUCUGCCUUGCCAGGGCUUUGGUGUGUGUAGACCAGGUGUGGAUUCAAGCCCUAUGGCCUACUGUGUCUGCUGCCUGAAUCCAGAUGGCUGAGCAGGCAGGGACUGGUCCUGGACAGCAUCUGGGCAGGGGGAGGGGUUGGGCUGUCCAUCUGUGACCAAAAUUCUCUUCUGCCCCAUGCGACCCCCUUUACUUCCUGUCCUCUGCCCCAUCCCCAUUCCUGAAAGGCCAAAACCCUUUAUUUUGGGUCCAUAAGUGUAGGAGGGGGGAGCAGGAGGCCCAGAGAGGGCAAGGGGCUUGCCUCAGGGUCCAUAGCAUGCCCCUGAUACUAUCUCAGGGCUUUCUGGGCACUGCACUCCAGCCUGGGCCACCUGCCCAUACCUUCAGGCCAGUUGGCCUGGAGUGAGGGGUAAUUCCUAUGGCUUUUAAGCCCUUCAUUUGCAGAAGCUGAAUUUUGUAUCAUAAUUUCUAUAUUGUUCCUGAGUGUUAGAAGAACUAUAAUUUAUUCAUUUUUCUCUGUGUCUGUGCCAAGAAGCCCAGGCUCUGGGCUUGGCUCAUGCCCAGGAGGCCUUCCCAGCCUGUGUGCUUGUGGGAACACCUUGUACCUGAGCUUACAGGUACCAAUAAAGA